UUCUGCAUUUGUUUCUCGAAGCAAAAAAAAAAAAAAAAACUCCGACUUUCAAAUUUGCCUGAAACGAGAACUCAGUGCUGUGGUCUAUCUCUUUCACCUUGGCCUUAUCAAAAGAUUCCUUUUUGCUGUAAAUUUUAAGGUUUUUGGUUAUGGCGACGAAGAAAGUGAUAGCUAUAUGUCAGUCAGGGGGAGAGUUUGUGACUAAUAAAGAUGGAUCAUUAGCUUAUUCCGGUGGUGAUGCUUAUGCCAUAGACAUCGAUCAAGACACUUCCAUGAGUGAUUUCAAAUCCGAAUUAGCUGAAAAUUUCGGGUUUAGUUGGGAGACUAUGACACUUAAGUACUUCCUCCCUGGAAACAAGAAAACUUUAAUUACCAUCUCUAAAGAUAAAGAUUUCAAACGCAUGGUUAGCUUCUCAGCAGACGCAGCAAAUGUCGAGAUAUUCGUUUUACCCGAAGAAGCUGAUGCCAGGAACGUCUCCAACAUGCCAGCUAGUCGAUCAAGUAGGACGACUGCAUCGGAAGCAGUGGUACCUGUAGCUUCUGCAGGAGAUAUAGUCGUGGGGGAUGAUGAUAUGAUAACAGAUGACUUUCAGAUUGAAAUAGGAAUGAUGCCUGAAGAAAGCAGUCCUUUGCCUGGAAAUUUUGUUUUGACUGACGAGAAACAGCAUAUAAAAGCCGCGCAGCAGUGGGAAAACGCAAUCACUGGUGUUGAUCAAAGGUUCAACAGCUUUACAGAGUUCCGAGAUGUGUUGCACAAGUACUCGAUCGCUCAUGGGUUUACUUACAAGUACAAGAAGAACGAUAGUCAUCGUGUCUCAGUCAAAUGCAAGGCUCAAGGUUGUCCAUGGCGUAUCACUGCGUCGAGGCUUUCGACUACGCAGCUGAUUUGCAUCAAGAAAAUGAAUUCAAGGCACACGUGUGAGAGAGCGGUUGUGAAAGCUGGGUACCGUGCAACAAGAGGUUGGAUUGGAAGUAUUAUCAAGGAGAAGUUGAAAGCCUUUCCGGAUUACAAACCAAAGGAUAUUGCAGAGGAUAUAAAAAGAGAGUAUGGGAUUCAACUGAAUUACUCACAGGCAUGGAGAGCUAAAGAGAUCGCUAGAGAGCAGCUUCAAGGUUCUUAUAAAGAGGCGUAUAGUCAACUUCCUUCUUUCUGCGAGAAGAUCACGGAGACAAAUCCUGGAAGUAUCGCCACUUUCAUGACAAAAGAAGAUUCGAGCUUCCAUCGCCUUUUCAUAUCGUUCUACGCAUCAAUAUCUGGGUUUAGACAAGGUUGUCGCCCUCUCCUUUUCCUAGACAGCGCUGUCUUGAACUCUAAGUACCAAGGGGUUAUGCUUGUUGCUACAGCUCCUGACGCAGAAGAUGGAAUAUUUCCAGUAGCUUUUGCAGUUGUGGAUUCUGAGACAGAAGAAAACUGGGUUUGGUUUUUGGAGAAUCUCAAAUUGGCAUUGGCCGAGCCUCGGACAAUCACAUUUGUCGCAGAUUUCCAAAACGGUCAGAAGAAUGCAUUGCCGCUGGUAUUUGAAAAAGGACAGCAUCAUGCCUAUUGUCUGCGUCACCUAGCCAAGAAAUUAAAUACGGACUUGCAGGCGCAGUUUUCUCAUGAAGCAAGACGGUUUAUGCUCAACGACUUCUAUGCUGCAGCUUAUGCUACACAACCCGAGGCAUAUUACCGUUCCUUGGAGAAUAUAAAAAAUAUUUCCCCUGAUGCUUACACUUGGGUUAUAGAAAGUGAACCAUUCCAUUGGGCAAAUGCUUUGUUUGAAGGAGAGAGAUAUAACCACAUGAACUCCACUUUUGGGCUAGAUUUCUACAGCUGGGUUUCCGAAGCACAUGAGUUGCCCAUAACGCAAAUGAUAGACCAACUUAGAGCAAAGUUGAUGCAAUCGAUAUAUACCCAUCAGGUACAAUCCAGGGAAUGGGUUACAACCCUAACACCAACCAACGAGGAGAAGCUACAAAAAGAAAUAGAACUUGCAAGGUCACUUCAGGUUUCAGCGCCUCACAAUAGCUUAUUCGAGGUUCAUGGUGAAUCCCUCAACUUAGUUGAUAUCAAUCAGUGUGAUUGCGACUGUAAGGUAUGGAGAAUUACUGGUUUACCAUGUAGCCACGCAGUUGCAGUGAUUGAAUGUAUCGGGAAAAGCCCUUAUGAUUACUGCUCCAGAUACUUUACCUCAGACAGUUACCGUUCAACGUAUGCUGAGUCCAUUAACCCUGUCCCUAACACCACAAUGACGAUGAUGAUGGUGGAGGAACCGCCCGUUGAGGGGGUUGUUUCAGUUACUCCACCGCCCACAAGACGAACACCACCAGGGAGGCCAAAGAGUAAGCAGGUGGAACCACUAGACAUGAUCAAGCGUCAGCUCCAGUGUAGCAACUGCAAGGGUUUAGGACACAACAAGAAGACCUGCAAAGCUGUAUCUUAAGUGUAGAGAUAAGAGUUUUGUAAAGAAAGGAGACGGUUAGGACAAAUUGUAGUAAUAGUUAUAUUAUAGAACUUUAUAUAGCUGAUUUUGCCCAACUUUUUGGAUUUAAUUCUUGUUGGUUGAGUUUUUGGAGUGUGAUCUUUUAAGGGUAAAGAUCACAGUCAGGUUGAGACCAAAGCGAAUUCCUAAAUGGCAUCAAACUUGAUGGGAGAUUUUACAGCAAUUGUGCAAAUACAUUUUGUUGUAUUGGAUUCGAUGGUUUCCCAAUCUUAUAACAUUUUUUUGUAUGCAUAUUUUAAGUCA